AUGGACCAACUUGAGCUUGUCAGCUUUGUUCUUCAAUAUAUGAAUGACUAUGGUGUCACUAAAGAAGAAGCUAUUCAAAAGUACAAUGAAUCCAAACAAGCCGAGCCCUCUUCUGCGUCAACUGAUGCGGCCUUUACAAAGGAAGUGUUGCACUUGGCUUUUCAAACCGAGUUUCAGGACAGUGACAAUUUCUUGUCUGCCAUAAAUGUGCAACUAAACAAGGUCGCUAAUGAAGAAGGCUAUUACAACUACCUCCCAAUUGUUCAAUCAUCUGGUUAUGGCAAGACGAGGGCAAUCAUUCAGCUUGCAACAGCACGACCUCUCAUAUAUGUUUGUCUGCGUCAAGUGGAUUCAACUGGCUAUCCACCAAAGACUCCAAAAAGCAGUGAGAUACUCUUAGAGAUAGAAAAUGCAGAGGAAAUAGAUGAUGCAGAGGAAAUAGCGUCACAAUGGCUUGAGUCAAUGAUAUGGGUAUUUCGUGAUAUGCAUCUGGAAAAGAGAUCUCAUGAGUUAUUGAGUGAUGAGACAAAGGCAAAUGAAUUCUGGAAUAGAGUUAGUACUGUCAAGGAAAAUAUUUCUUUAUCAGAGCUGCAGGAGCAAUUUUCUUCAGGAACUGAGACUGGCAAGAUAGCAAUCUUCUUGGAUGAAUCAUCUCAUCUUUUAG